GUUGUUUGUCCCUCGCCGCUCUCCGUAGCUCUGCUUGCUGGCUGAGAAGGCGGAAGUUCCCCGCACACUAACUUCCCCCAAGUCCCAGUGAUUCAUUCCCGUUUGUGGGAGAAAGGCCGAAAGGGAAGCAGCGUCACCUGCCAGACAUGUCUACUGCCUACAAGAACAGGAUCCAAGAGUUCAAAUCGGCGCUGGGGGAGGAAAGCAUCAACCUGACGACGCUGAGGGAGCUGAGCUUCAGCGGAAUCCCUCAUGAGGAAGGACUGCGUUCGCUGUGCUGGAAGAUUCUGCUGAACUACCUGCCUCUGGAUCAGACGUUAUGGGAUUCCUUCCUGAAGAAGCAGAGAGAGGUUUACUCCCAGUUCCUCAGAGAGAUGAUCAUCCAGCCCGGUAUCGCCAAGGCCAACCUGGGCCUGUCCAGAGCCGACGUCACGCUGGAGGACCAUCCGCUGAACCCGAACCCGGACAGCCGCUGGAACACGUACUUCAAGGACAACGAGAUCCUGCUGCAGAUCGACAAGGAUGUGAGGCGGCUGUACCCGGACAUGGCGUUCUUCCAGCGGCCCACCGACUAUCCGUGCCAGUUGAUCCUGGACCCGCAGAACGAGUACGAGACGCUGCGGCGCCGCGUGGAGCAGACCACGCUGAAGGCCCAAACCGUGAACCGGAACCGGAGCGGAGUCACCAACGUCAGCUCUCCGGGGAAGUCUCUGAACCUGUACCCGUCCAAUGAGUACGAGGUUCUGCCCAGCGGCAGCGAGGCGCACUGGGAGGUGGUGGAGCGGAUCCUCUUCAUCUACGCCAAGCUGAACCCGGGCAUCGCCUACGUCCAGGGCAUGAACGAGAUCGUCGGCCCGAUCUACUACACCUUCGCCACAGACCCCAGCAGCUCCUGGAAAGAGCACGCCGAGGCCGACACCUUCUUCUGCUUCACCAACCUGAUGUCGGAGAACCGCGACAACUUCAUCAAGAGUCUGGACGACUCCCAGUGCGGCAUCACCUGCAGGAUGGAGAGCGUCUACGCCAUGCUGCGGGACAAGGACCACGAGCUCUUCCUCAAGCUGGAGGAGCAGAACAUCAAGCCUCAGUACUUCACCUUCCGCUGGCUCACCCUGCUGCUGUCCCAGGAGUUCCUGCUGCCGGACGUCAUCCGGAUCUGGGACUCCCUGUUCUCCGACCGGGACCGCUUCCACUUCCUGCUGCUGGUCUGCUGCGCCAUGCUCAUACUGAUCCGGGACAGCUUACUGUCCGGAGACUUCACCACCAACAUGAGGCUGCUGCAGGACUAUCCGAUCUCAGACGUCCACCUCAUCCUGACCAAGGCCAAAGAGCUGCAGGAGAACUGCUAACCUGGAUGGAGGUAGGAGGUCGGACUGAGAGCCGGGUCAAAGGUCAAACCUGCUUCAUCAUCCGUCUCAUGGCAGCAAUCCUCGUCUUCCUCACAAACUGAUCAGAAAAUAUAGUUUCAUUGACCAUCUGGAGGGGAGGAGCCAAAACGAUCCGGUUGCCAUGACGACGGCUGGAGGAGAGUCCAGCGGAUAUCGCAGAUCAUCUGAGGCGUCGCUUCGUUUUUAAUGUCAGAAACUUUUGGACUUUUAUGGAACAGGAAGUGACGACAUCCACUUCCUGUCAGUGUUUAACUUCUCUACAGGAGAACAUCCGGUUCUGUUUCUGCUUCUCCAGGACAGAUUCAGUAGAAUCAGUUCCUCAUCUCAACAGAACCUCCAGGAUUUCUGGUCAGAGACUUUAUGAAGGUCCAGAACCAGCAGCAGGUUCCAGAUACUCAGAACCAGGGUUUGGACUUCGCUAUGAGACCAGACGGACCGCCAGGCUGCGCGUUUCCCACCUUAGACCCGUGGUUCUGGGUCCAGUUCUAGUCAGAUUCUGGGUCUGGUUUUUGGUUCCGGGUACAGACUAAUACCUGGUGAAGCACAGUUCUGUCUGGUAUGAAUCUUCUCCAGAGCCUUACAGUUUUUCUCUUGGUGCUCAGAGAACAGAUUUCAGUUCAAACCCAAGUAAACAGAAAACCUCUGGUCAGUAUUGUGCAAAAGUUUUAAACCACCCACUUCCUGUGAUCCAGACGUUCCUGAAAGCUUUAGGUGGUUUGAAUCAACGGUUCUCCAGACUUCCUGAAGGUCUCAGUCCAGAUUUUAGACCUACAAGAAUCGGUUCUCCAGUGAAGUUUGGUGACUGACAGGUGUAAAUAUGCUGCAAAUGCCAAAAACCUGAACGCAAACCAAAAUGGCUGCAGUCACAGGAAACAGCAGGCUAUUGCCUUCCACUCGAUUCUCAACUCUCUUCACUGGUCAGUCUGGGAUUCCUCCCAUUGACUUGGAUUUCUCCAAAAAAAUUUCAGGCCAAUCAGCGAACAGAAGAAGUUCUGAACAAUGGUGUUGAUUUUCUGAUCUGCUUUAGAGUCAUAGUCUGUUUGUAGUUCCAGUGACGGCAGCAGAGGAAGUGAAGGAAGCUGAUCAAUUCAUGUUGGUCACACUUCCAGAUAUUGAAUUAUUAACAUCCUCGUUCAGAUCGGCUCUUCUCCCUUCACAGUGAAGGACGGUUGUUUACAGCGCAGACCAUUUCUGGUAAACUUCAUGUCGUUGAGCUGGUGCAUUACAGACGUCACAGCCAAACGAUAGUGAUUGGAUAAAAUUUAAAAUGUCAACAGAGGAAACGGGAAGUGAUUGGUUCUAAAGAGUCCAGAACCUUUGGAGGAAGCAAAGCAUAGAAACAAAGAGCUGUUUUUUUUUUUACCAGGCUAA